CAACGACAUUGCCCUGGUCAAGCUGGCAGAGGAGGUGCAGGAGACUGACACCAUCCGUGCUUCCUGCCUGCCAGCUGCUGACAAGGUCCUGCCCAACGACUACCCCUGCUAUGUCACCGGCUGGGGACGCAUCAGGACCAACGGGCCCCUGGCUGACAUUCUGCAGCAGGCUCUGCUGCCCGUGGUGGAUUAUGAGACCUGCUCCAGUUGGGACUGGUGGGGCAGCAACGUGCGCAGCACCAUGGUGUGUGCCGGCGGCGAUGGCGUCGUCGCUGGAUGUGGC